GCGUUAAUCCUGUUGUUCGAGUCGUCGUCAGGCUACGGCCUGUUCGAAGUCAAGGCGCUGGACGAGUUGGCGCAGAGCUCGGACGCUGUCCAGGCGUCCGUGGCGGAUCUCACUCGCUUCAGCCAGGUCGUCAAUCUCUCCGCAUUCAAACCCUUCAGCUCAGCGGCAGACGCGCUCGAGCAAUGCAACGCCGUCUCUGAAGGGCUGCUGACCCCGGAGCUGCAGAGCUUCCUGGAGAUGAAUCUGCCCAAGGCCAAGGCCAAGGCGGGCAAGAAGCCGUCGUACCAGCUGGGCGUGUCGGAGUCGAAGCUGGGCUCCGCCAUUCAGGAGACGGCGGGCGUGCCGUGCGUCAGCAACGACCUCGUCAUGGAGCUCAUGCGCGGCGUGCGGCUGCACUUCGCGCGGUUCGUGAAGGAGCUGAAGGAGGGCGACGUGGCGAAGGCGCAGCUGGGGUUGGGGCACAGCUACAGUCGCAGCAAGGUGAAGUUCAACGUGAACCGCGUGGACAACAUGAUCAUCCAGGCCAUCUCGCUGCUCGACACGCUCGACAAAGACGUCAACACCUUCUGCAUGCGCGUCAGGGAGUGGUACUCGUGGCACUUCCCCGAGCUGGCGCGCAUCGUGACGGACAACUACACGUACGCGCGCGUGGCGCGGCGCGUGCGGGACAAGGCGACGUUGACGGAGGAGGCGGUGGCGGAGUUGACGGAGAUCAUCGGCGACGAGGAUAAGGCCAAGGAGGUGCUCGACGCCGCCAAGGCCAGCAUGGGCCAGGACAUCUCACCGAUCGACCUGAUCAACAUAGAGGCGUUCGCGUCGCGCGUGGUGGCGCUGGUGGAGUACCGGCGCGACCUGCACUCGUACCUGACGGCCAAGAUGCACGACGUGGCGCCCAACCUCGCCGCGCUCAUCGGCGAGAUGGUGGGCGCGCGCCUCAUCUCGCACGCGGGCAGCCUCACGAACCUCGCCAAGUACCCCGCCAGCACCGUGCAGAUCCUCGGCGCCGAGAAGGCCCUCUUCAGGGCGCUGAAGACGAAGGGCAACACGCCCAAGUACGGGCUGAUCUUCCACUCGUCCUUCAUCGGGCGUGCGUCCGCCAAGAACAAGGGGCGCAUCAGCCGCUACCUCGCCAACAAGUGCUCCAUGGCCUCGCGCAUCGACUGCUUCUCAGAGGUGAGCACGAGUGUGUUUGGGGAGAAGUUGAAGCAGCAGGUGGAGGACCGCCUCGAGUUCUACGACAAGGGCGUGGCGCCCAAGCGCAACCUGGACGUCAUGAAGGCCGCCAUCUCCGCCGCCAAGGCCGAGGCAGAGGCCGAUGCUGAUGUGACGAUCCCAGUGCAGCACGUUGUCACCUCACCCCCUGCCUUGCCUUGUCUUGGUUUGCUCAACCCGUCCUUGCAUUCUUGUCCUCUUGUGCUCGUGUGGCUGGUGGUGAUGGCAGAAGGAGAGGCUGCAGCAGGCGGGGCGGCAGAGGGGACACCAAAGAAGAAGAAGAAAAAGGCAGCAGCAGAGGCGGAUGGGGAGACGCCAGGCAGUGGCAAGAAGAGCAAGAAGAAGGUGAAGGAUGAGGCUGCAGGGGAGGCAGCAGCCAGCGACUUCUACCCGCAUCGAUCCACCACCGCCACUGGCGCGCCCGCUGCCGCCGGGGCAGCCGCCGAGCCCCGCCCCUGGUUGAGUGCGGCGUGCGCGUGGGUGGCGCCGUUCGCCCUGGGCGCCGUGCUGGGCGCCGUGGCGUGCUCGCUGCUGCUGCUGCCCCUCGCACUCACGCCGCUGGACGCGCAGGGAGGGGACGAGGGGCUCCUGCUGCAAUCACACGCGGACACGUGGCAGGAGGGGCAAGGGGCGUGGCAGGGGGGAGCGGCAGCAUCGUUCGACCAGCCUGUGGUGCCCCGCCCGCCCGCCUCUGCUGCGAGCGGCGCACUGCCCUUGGCGCCCCUCGCUGCCCUUGACUCCAGCAGUGCACCUGCCAGUGGUGGUGCUGCGGGUGAGAGCGAUGGUGACACGGAGGGAGCAGAGGCAUGGGCGGGAGAUGCUGCCAUGCCUGAUCUGCAAGGCAGGCACCCAGCAGUGCGGGCGCUGGUGGAGGCGAACGGGCAGGUGAUGCGGCAGCAGCAGCAGGCAGUGGCGCUGGCAGAGGAGGACGAGAGGGGCAUGCACGCCGUGCUCACUGCCGCCCUGCAGGAGCUGGAGAGGGAGCGAUUCAUGCCACAUGGCACCGUGUCAUUGGUGCAGCCGGAAUCCCUGGCGGCGCUGGCAGAGGCAGUGAGGGCGAGGCAGGAGGAGGCAAACAAGGCAGGCGUGGAGGGGCAGGCAGCAGCCGGCGCAUUGCAGGCAGCAGAGCAGGCGGUGCUUGGUGCAGUGGCAGCGGGGGGAGGGCAGACGGCGGACUUCUCGUCCCUUGUCAGCGAGGCACAGGCGGCUGGGCGCGUGGGGCGCAUGGGGCAUGAUGCAGUGGGGGCGAGUGCGGGAGAAGGAGAGGGCGAGGGUGCAGCGGAUGGGGAGAUAUGGGGCGGUGGGAGGGAGGGGGUGAGGCGGUGCAUGGUGCUGCAGUGUGCGGUGGAGGCACAGCAGCAGGCAGUUGCUGCAGGUACGUUGAGGGUGACAACACACAGGGCGGGCAGGGCUGGCUUGGGGGAUGGACGUGGGAAAGCACGGCAGAAGGAAGGGUGGCAUGUGCGUGUGGCAGUGGUGGCAUGUGCGUGUGGCAGUGGUGGCAUGUGCGUGUGGCAGUGGUGGCAUGUGCGUGUGGCAGUGGUGGCAUGUGCGUGUGGCAGUGGUGGCAUGUGCGUGUGGCAGUGGUGGCAUGUGCGUGUGGCAGUGGUGGCAUGUGCGUGUGGCAGUGGUGGCAUGUGCGUGUGGCAGUGGUGGCAUGUGCGUGUGGCAGUGGUGGCAUGUGCGUGUGGCAGUGGUGGCAUGUGCGUGUGGCAGUGGUGGCAUGUGCGUGUGGCAGUGGUGGCAUGUGCGUGUGGCAGUGGUGGCAUGUGCGUGUGGCAGUGGUGGCAUGUGCGUGUGGCAGUGGUGGCAUGUGCGUGUGGCAGUGGUGGCAUGUGCGUGUGGCAGUGGUGGCAUGUGCGUGUGGCAGUGGUGGCAUGUGCGUGUGGCAGUGGUGGCAUGUGCGUGUGGCAGUGGUGGCAUUGUGCGUGUGGCAGUGGUGGCAUGUGCGUGUGGCAGUGGUGGCAUGUGCGUGUGGCAGUGGUGGCAUGUGCGUGUGGCAGUGGUGGCAUGUGCGUGUGGCAGUGGUGGCAUGUGCGUGUGGCAGUGGUGGCAUGUGCGUGUGGCAGUGGUGGCAUGUGCGUGUGGCAGUGGUGGCAUGUGCGUGUGGCAGUGGUGGCAUGUGCGUGUGGCAGUGGUGGCAUGUGCGUGUGGCAGUGGUGGCAUGUGCGUGUGGCAGUGGUGGCAUGUGCGUGUGGCAGUGGUGGCAUGUGCGUGUGGCAGUGGUGGCAUGUGCGUGUGGCAGUGGUGGCAUGUGCGUGUGGCAGUGGUGGCAUGUGCGUGUGGCAGUGGUGGCAUGUGCGUGUGGCAGUGGUGGCAUGUGCGUGUGGCAGUGGUGGCAUGUGCGUGUGGCAGUGGUGGCAUGUGCGUGUGGCAGUGGUGGCAUGUGCGUGUGGCAGUGGUGGCAUGUGCGUGUGGCAGUGGUGGCAUGUGCGUGUGGCAGUGGUGGCAUGUGCGUGUGGCAGUGGUGGCAUGUGCGUGUGGCAGUGGUGGCAUGUGCGUGUGGCAGUGGUGGCAUGUGCGUGUGGCAGUGGUUGGCAUGUGCGUGUGGCAGUGGUGGCAUGUGCGUGUGGCAGUGGUGGCAUGUGCGUGUGGCAGUGGUGGCAUGUGCGUGUGGCAGUGGUGGCAUGUGCGUGUGGCAGUGGUGGCAUGUGCGUGUGGCAGUGGUGGCAUGUGCGUGUGGCAGUGGUGGCAUGUGCGUGUGGCAGUGGUGGCAUGUGCGUGUGGCAGUGGUGGCAUGUGCGUGUGGCAGUGGUGGCAUGUGCGUGUGGCAGUGGUGGCAUGUGCGUGUGGCAGUGGUGGCAUGUGCGUGUGGCAGUGGUGGCAUGUGCGUGUGGCAGUGGUGGCAUGUGCGUGUGGCAGUGGUGGCAUGUGCGUGUGGCAGUGGUGGCAUGUGCGUGUGGCAGUGGUGGCAUGUGCGUGUGGCAGUGGUGGCAUGUGCGUGUGGCAGUGGUGGCAUGUGCGUGUGGCAGUGGUGGCAUGUGCGUGUGGCAGUGGUGGCAUGUGCGUGUGGCAGUGGUGGCAUGUGCGUGUGGCAGUGGUGGCAUGUGCGUGUGGCAGUGGUGGCAUGUGCGUGUGGCAGUGGUGGCAUGUGCGUGUGGCAGUGGUGGCAUGUGCGUGUGGCAGUGGUGGCAUGUGCGUGUGGCAGUGGUGGCAUGUGCGUGUGGCAGUGGUGGCAUGUGCGUGUGGCAGUGGUGGCAUGUGCGUGUGGCAGUGGUGGCAUGUGCGUGUGGCAGUGGUGGCAUGUGCGUGUGGCAGUGGUGGCAUGUGCGUGUGGCAGUGGUGGCAUGUGCGUGUGGCAGUGGUGGCAUGUGCGUGUGGCAGUGGUGGCAUGUGCGUGUGGCAGUGGUGGCAUGUGCGUGUGGCAGUGGUGGCAUGUGCGUGUGGCAGUGGUGGCAUGUGCGUGUGGCAGUGGUGGCAUGUGCGUGUGGCAGUGGUGGCAUGUGCGUGUGGCAGUGGUGGCAUGUGCGUGUGGCAGUGGUGGCAUGUGCGUGUGGCAGUGGUGGCAUGUGCGUGUGGCAGUGGUGGCAUGUGCGUGUGGCAGUGGUGGCAUGUGCGUGUGGCAGUGGUGGCAUGUGCGUGUGGCAGUGGUGGCAUGUGCGUGUGGCAGUGGUGGCAUGUGCGUGUGGCAGUGGUGGCAUGUGCGUGUGCAGUGGUGGCAUGUGCGUGUGGCAGUGGUGGCAUGUGCGUGUGGCAGUGGUGGCAUGUGCGUGUGGCAGUGGUGGCAUGUGCGUGUGGCAGUGGUGGCAUGUGCGUGUGGCAGUGGUGGCAUGUGCGUGUGGCAGUGGUGGCAUGUGCGUGUGGCAGUGGUGGCAUGUGCGUGUGGCAGUGGUGGCAUGUGCGUGUGGCAGUGGUGGCAUGUGCGUGUGGCAGUGGUGGCAUGUGCGUGUGGCAGUGGUGGCAUGUGCGUGUGGCAGUGGUGGCAUGUGCGUGUGGCAGUGGUGGCAUGUGCGUGUGGCAGUGGUGGCAUGUGCGUGUGGCAGUGGUGGCAUGUGCGUGUGGCAGUGGUGGCAUGUGCGUGUGGCAGUGGUGGCAUGUGCGUGUGGCAGUGGUGGCAUGUGCGUGUGGCAGUGGUGGCAUGUGCGUGUGGCAGUGGUGGCAUGUGCGUGUGGCAGUGGUGGCAUGUGCGUGUGGCAGUGGUGGCAUGUGCGUGUGGCAGUGGUGGCAUGUGCGUGUGGCAGUGGUGGCAUGUGCGUGUGGCAGUGGUGGCAUGUGCGUGUGGCAGUGGUGGCAUGUGCGUGUGGCAGUGGUGGCAUGUGCGUGUGGCAGUGGUGGCAUGUGCGUGUGGCAGUGGUGGCAUGUGCGUGUGGCAGUGGUGGCAUGUGCGUGUGGCAGUGGUGGCAGUGGUGGCAGUGGUGGCAUGUGCGUGUGGCAGUGGUGGCAUGUGCGUGUGGCAGUGGUGGCAUGUGCGUGUGGCAGUGUGGCAGUGGUGGCAUGUGCGUGUGGCAGUGGUGGCAUGUGCGUGUGGCAGUGGUGGCAUGUGCGUGUGGCAGUGGUGGCAUGUGCGUGUGGCAGUGGUUGCAUGUGCGUGUGGCAGUGGUGGCAUGUGCGUGUGCAGUGGGGCAUGUGCGUGUGGCAGUGGUGGCAUGUGCGUGUGGCAGUGGUGGCAUGUGCGUGUGGCAGUGGUGGCAUGUGCGUGUGGCAGUGGUGGCAUGUGCGUGUGGCAGUGGUGGCAUGUGCGUGUGGCAGUGGUGGCAUGUGCGUGUGGCAGUGGUGGCAUGUGCGUGUGGCAGUGGUGGCAUGUGCGUGUGGCAGUGGUGGCAUGUGCGUGUGGCAGUGGUGGCAUGUGCGUGUGGCAGUGGUGGCAUGUGCGUGUGGCAGUGGUGGCAUGUGCGUGUGGCAGUGGUGGCAUGUGCGUGUGGCAGUGGUGGCAUGUGCGUGUGGCAGUGUGGCAUGUGCGUGUGGCAGUGGUGGCAUGUGCGUGUGGCAGUGGUGGCAUGUGCGUGUGGCAGUGGUGGCAUGUGCGUGUGGCAGUGGUGGCAUGUGCGUGUGGCAGUGGUGGCAUGUGCGUGUGGCAGUGGUGGCAUGUGCGUGUGGCAGUGGUGGCAUGUGCGUGUGGCAGUGGUGGCAUGUGCGUGUGGCAGUGGUGGCAUGUGCGUGUGGCAGUGGUGGCAUGUGCGUGUGGCAGUGGUGGCAUGUGCGUGUGGCAGUGGUGGCAUGUGCGUGUGGCAGUGGUGGCAUGUGCGUGUGGCAGUGGUGGCAUGUGCGUGUGGCAGUGUUGGCAUGUGCGUGUGGCAGUGGUGGCAUGUGCGUGUGGCAGUGGUGGCAUGUGCGUGUGGCAGUGGUGGCAUGUGCGUGUGGCAGUGGUGGCAUGUGCGUGUGGCAGUGGUGGCAUGUGCGUGUGGCAGUGGUGGCAUGUGCGUGUGGCAGUGGUGGCAUGUGCGUGUGGCAGUGGUGGCAUGUGCGUGUGGCAGUGGUGGCAUGUGCGUGUGGCAGUGGUGGCAUGUGCGUGUGGCAGUGGUGGCAUGUGCGUGUGGCAGUGGUGGCAUGUGCGUGUGGCAGUGGUGGCAUGUGCGUGUGGCAGUGGUGGCAUGUGCGUGUGGCAGUGGUGGCAUGUUGCGUGUGGCAGUGGUGGCAUGUGCGUGUGGCAGUGGUGGCAUGUGCGUGUGGCAGUGGUGGCAUGUGCGUGUGGCAGUGGUGGCAUGUGCGUGUGGCAGUGGUGGCAUGUGCGUGUGGCAGUGGUGGCAUGUGCGUGUGGCAGUGGUGGCAUGUGCGUGUGGCAGUGGUGGCAUGUGCGUGUGGCAGUGGUGGCAUGUGCGUGUGGCAGUGGUGGCAUGUGCGUGUGGCAGUGGUGGCAUGUGCGUGUGGCAGUGGUGGCAUGUGCGUGUGGCAGUGGUGGCAUGUGCGUGUGGCAGUGGUGGCAUGUGCGUGUGGCAGUGGUGGCAUGUGCGUGUGGCAGUGGUGGCAUGUGCGUGUGGCAGUGGUGGCAUGUGCGUGUGGCAGUGGUGGCAUGUGCGUGUGGCAGUGGUGGCAUGUGCGUGUGGCAGUGGUGGCAUGUGCGUGUGGCAGUGGUGGCAUGUGCGUGUGGCAGUGGUGGCAUGUGCGUGUGGCAGUGGUGGCAUGUGCGUGUGGCAGUGGUGGCAUGUGCGUGUGGCAGUGGUGGCAUGUGCGUGUGGCAGUGGUGGCUAUGUGGCGUGUGGGCAGUGGUGGCAUGUGCGUGUGGCAGUGGUGGCAUGUGCGUGUGGCAGUGGUGGCAUGUGCGUGUGGCAGUGGUGGCAUGUGCGUGUGGCAGUGGUGGCAUGUGCUGUGUGGCAGUGGUGGCAUGUGCGUGUGGCAGUGGUGGCAUGUGCGGUGUGGCAGUGGUGGCAUGUGCGUGUGGCAGUGGUGGCAUGUGCGUGUGGCAGUGGUGGCAUGUGCGUGUGGCAGUGGUGGCAUGUGCGUGUGGCAGUGGUGGCAUGUGCGUGUGGCAGUGGUGGCAUGUGCGUGUGGCAGUGGUGGCAUGUGCGUGUGGCAGUGGUGGCAUGUGCGUGUGGCAGUGGUGGCAUGUGCGUGUGGCAGUGGUGGCAUGUGCGUGUGGCAGUGGUGGCAUGUGCGUGUGGCAGUGGUGGCAUGUGCGUGUGCAGUGUGGCAUGUGGUGGCAUGGUGGCAGUGGGUGGCAGUGGUGGCAUGUGCGUGUGCAGUGGUGGCAUGUGCGUGUGGCAGUGGUGGCAUGUGCGUGUGGCAGUGGUGGCAUGUGCGUGUGGCAGUGGUGGCAUGUGCGUGUGGCAGUGGUGGCAUGUGCGUGUGGCAGUGGUGGCAUGUGCGUGUGGCAGUGGUGGCAUGUGCGUGUGGCAGUGGUGGCAUGUGCGUGUGGCAGUGGUGGCAUGUGCGUGUGGCAGUGGUGGCAUGUGCGUUGUGGCAGUGGUGGCAUGUGCGUGUGGCAGUGGUGGCAUGUGCGUGUGGCAGUGGUGGCAUGUGCGUGUGGCAGUGGUGGCAUGUGCGUGUGGCAGUGGUGGCAUGUGCGUGUGGCAGUGGUGGCAUGUGCGUGUGGCAGUGGUGGCAUGUGCGUGUGGCAGUGGUGGCAUGUGCGUGUGGCAGUGGUGGCAUGUGCGUGUGGCAGUGGUGGCAUGUGCGUGUGGCAGUGGUGGCAUGUGCGUGUGGCAGUGGUGGCAUGUGCGUGUGGCAGUGGUGGCAUGUGCGUGUGGCAGUGGUGGCAUGUGCGUGUGGCAGUGGUGGCAUUGUGCGUGUGGCAGUGGUGGCAUGUGCGUGUGGCAGUGGUGGCAUGUGCGGGUGGCAGUGGUGCAUGUGCGUGUGGCAGUGGUGGCAUGUGCGUGUGGCAGUGGUGGCAUGUGCGUGUGGCAGUGGUGGCAUGUGCGUGUGGCAGUGGUGGCAUGUGCGUGUGGCAGUGGUGGCAUGUGCGUGUGGCAGUGGUGGCAUGUGCGUGUGGCAGUGGUGGCAUGUGCGUGUGGCAGUGGUGGCAUGUGCGUGUGGCAGUGGUGGCAUGUGGCGUGUGGCAGUGGUGGCAUGUGCGUGUGGCAGUGGUGGCAUGUGCGUGUGGCAGUGGUGGCAUGUGCGUGUGGCAGUGGUGGCAUGUGCGUGUGGCAGUGGUGGCAUGUGCGUGUGGCAGUGGUGCAUGUGCGUGUGGCAGUGGUGGCAUGUGCGUGUGGCAGUGGUGGCAUGUGCGUGUGGCAGUGGUGGCAUGUGCGUGUGGCAGUGGUGGCAUGUGCGUGUGGCAGUGGUGGCAUGUGCGUGUGGCAGUGGUGGCAUGUGCGUGGGCAGUGGUGGCAUGUGCGUGUGGCAGUGGUGGCAUGUGCGUGUGGCAGUGGUGGCAUGUGCGUGUGGCAGUGGUGGCAUGUGCGUGUGGCCGUGGUGGCAUGUUGCGUGUGGCAGUGGUGGCAUGUGCGUGUGGCAGUGGUGGCAUGUGCGUGUGGCAGUGGUGGGCAUGUGCGUGUGGCAGUGGUGGCAUGUGCGUGUGGCAGUGGUGGCAUGUGCGUGUGGCAGUGGUGGCAUGUGCGUGUGGCAGUGGUGGCAUGUGCGUGUGGCAGUGGUGGCAUGUGCGUGUGGCAGUGGUGGCAUGUGCGUGUGGCAGUGGUGGCAUGUGCGUGUGGCAGUGGUGGCAUGUGCGUGUGGCAGUGGUGGCAUGUGCGUGUGGCAGUGGUGGCAUGUGCGUGUGGCAGUGGUGGCAUGUGCGUGUGGCAGUGGUGGCAUGUGCGUGUGGCAGUGGUGGCAUGUGCGUGUGGCAGUGGUGGCAUGUGCGUGUGGCAGUGGUGGCAUGUGCGUGUGGCAGUGGUGGCAUGUGCGUGUGGCAGUGGUGGCAUGUGCGUGUGGCAGUGGUGGCAUGUGCGUGUGGCAGUGGUGGCAUGUGCGUGUGGCAGUGGUGGCAUGUGCGUGUGGCAGUGGUGGCAUGUGCGUGUGGCAGUGGUGGCAUGUGCGUGUGGCAGUGGUGGCAUGUGCGUGUGGCAGUGGUGGCAUGUGCGUGUGGCAGUGGUGGCAUGUGCGUGUGGCAGUGGUGGCAUGUGCGUGUGGCAGUGGUGGCAUGUGCGUGUGGCAGUGGUGGCAUGUGCGUGUGGCAGUGGUGGCAUGUGCGUGUGGCAGUGGUGGCAUGUGCGUGUGGCAGUGGUGGCAUGUGCGUGUGGCAGUGGUGGCAUGUGCGUGUGGCAGUGGUGGCAUGUGCGUGUGGCAGUGGUGGCAUGUGCGUGUGGCAGUGGUGGCAUGUGCGUGUGGCAGUGGUGGCAUGUGCGUGUGGCAGUGGUGGCAUGUGCGUGUGGCAGUGGUGGCAUGUGCGUGUGGCAGUGGUGGCAUGUGCGUGUGGCAGUGGUGGCAUGUGCGUGUGGCAGUGGUGGCAUGUGCGUGUGGCAGUGGUGGCAUGUGCGUGUGGCAGUGGUGGCAUGUGCGUGUGGCAGUGGUGGCAUGUGCGUGUGGCAGUGGUGGCAUGUGCGUGUGGCAGUGGUGGCAUGUGCGUGUGGCAGUGGUGGCAUGUGCGUGUGGCAGUGGUGGCAUGUGCGUGUGGCAGUGGUGGCAUGUGCGUGUGGCAGUGGUGGCAUGUGCGUGUGGCAGUGGUGGCAUGUGCGUGUGGCAGUGGUGGCAUGUGCGUGUGGCAGUGGUGGCAUGUGCGUGUGGCAGUGGUGGCAUGUGCGUGUGGCAGUGGUGGCAUGUGCGUGUGGCAGUGGUGGCAUGUGCGUGUGGCAGUGGUGGCAUGUGCGUGUGGCAGUGGUGGCAUGUGCGUGUGGCAGUGGUGGCAUGUGCGUGUGGCAGUGGUGGCAUGUGCGUGUGGCAGUGGUGGCAUGUGCGUGUGGCAGUGGUGGCAUGUGCGUGUGGCAGUGGUGGCAUGUGCGUGUGGCAGUGGUGGCAUGUGCGUGUGGCAGUGGUGGCAUGUGCGUGUGGCAGUGGUGGCAUGUGCGUGUGGCAGUGGUGGCAUGUGCGUGUGGCAGUGGUGGCAUGUGCGUUGUGGCAGUGGUGGCAUGUGCGUGUGGCAGUGGUGGCAUGUGCGUGUGGCAGUGGUGGCAUGUGCGUGUGGCAGUGGUGGCAUGUGCGUGUGGCAGUGGUGGCAUGUGCGUGUGGCAGUGGUGGCAUGUGCGUGUGGCAGUGGUGGCAUGUGCGUGUGGCAGUGGUGGCAUGUGCGUGUGGCAGUGGUGGCAUGUGCGUGUGGCAGUGGUGGCAUGUGCGUGUGGCAGUGGUGGCAUGUGCGUGUGGCAGUGGUGGCAUGUGCGUGUGGCAGUGGUGGCAUGUGCGUGUGGCAGUGGUGGCAUGUGCGUGUGGCAGUGGUGGCAUGUGCGUGUGGCAGUGGUGGCAUGUGCGUGUGGCAGUGGUGGCAGGUGCGUGUGGCAGUGGUGGCAUGUGCGUGUGGCAGUGGUGGCAUGUGCGUGUGGCAGUGGUGGCAUGUGCGUGUGGCAGUGGUGGCAUGUGCGUGUGGCAGUGGUGGCAUGUGCGUGUGGCAGUGGUGGCAUGUGCGUGUGGCAGUGGUGGCAUGUGCGUGUGGCAGUGGUGGCAUGUGCGUGUGGCAGUGGUGCAUGUGCGUGUGGCAGUGGUGGCAUGUGCGUGUGGCAGUGGUGGCAUGUGCGUGUGGCAGUGGUGGCAUGUGCGUGUGGCAGUGGUGGCAUGUGCGUGUGGCAGUGGUGGCAUGUGCGUGUGGCAGUGGUGGCAUGUGCGUGUGGCAGUGGUGGCAUGUGCGUGUGGCAGUGGUGGCAUGUGCGUGUGGCAGUGGUGGCAUGUGCGUGUGGCAGUGGUGGCAUGUGCGUGUGGCAGUGGUGGCAUGUGCGUGUGGCAGUGGUGGCAUGUGCGUGUGGCAGUGGUGGCAUGUGCGUGUGGCAGUGGGUGGCAUGUGCGUGUGGCAGUGGUGGCAUGUGCGUGUGGCAGUGGCUGGCAUGUGCGUGUGGCAGUGGUGGCAUGUGCGUGUGGCAGUGGUGGCAUGUGCGUGUGGCAGUGGUGGCAUGUGCGUGUGGCAGUGGUGGCAUGUGCGUGUGGCAGUGGUGGCAUGUGCGUGUGGCAGUGGUGGCAUGUGCGUUGUGGCAGUGGUGGCAUGUGCGUGUGGCAGUGGUGCAUGUGCGUGUGGCAGUGGUGGCAUGUGCGUGUGGCAGUGGUGGCAUGUGCGUGUGGCAGUGGUGGCAUGUGCGUGUGGCAGUGGUGGCAUGUGCGUGUGGCAGUGGUGGCAUGUGCGUGUGGCAGUGGUGGCAUGUGCGUGUGGCAGUGGUGGCAUGUGCGUGUGGCAGUGGUGGCAUGUGCGUGUGGCAGUGGUGGCAUGUGCGUGUGGCAGUGGUGGCAUGUGCGUGUGGCAGUGGUGGCAUGUGCGUGUGGCAGUGGUGGCAUGUGCGUGUGCAGUGUGGCAUGUGCGUGUGGCAGUGGUGGCAUGUGCGUGUGGCAGUGGUGGCAUGUGCGUGUGGCAGUGGUGGCAUGUGCGUGUGGCAGUGGUGGCAUGUGCGUGUGGCAGUGGUGGCAUGUGCGUGUGGCAGUGGUGGCAUGUGCGUGUGGCAGUGGUGGCAUGUGCGUGUGGCAGUGGUGGCAUGUGCGUGUGGCAGUGGUGGCAUGUGCGUGUGGCAGUGGUGGCAUGUGCGUGUGGCAGUGGUGGCAUGUGCGUGUGGCAGUGGUGGCAUGUGCGUGUGGCAGUGGUGGCAUGUGCGUGUGGCAGUGGUGGCAUGUGCGUGUGGCAGUGGUGGCAUGUGCGUGUGGCAGUGGUGGCAUGUGCGUGUGGCAGUGGUGGCAUGUGCGUGUGGCAGUGGUGGCAUGUGCGUGUGGCAGUGGUGGCAUGUGCGUGUGGCAGUGGUGGCAUGUGCGUGUGGCAGUGGUGGCAUGUGCGUGUGGCAGUGGUGGCAUGUGCGUGUGGCAGUGGUGGCAUGUGCGUGUGGCAGUGGUGGCAUGUGCGUGUGGCAGUGGUGGCAUGUGCGUGUGGCAGUGGUGGCAUGUGCGUGUGGCAGUGGUGGCAUGUGCGUGUGGCAGUGGUGGCAUGUGCGUGUGGCAGUGGUGGCAUGUGCGUGUGGCAGUGGUGGCAUGUGCGUGUGGCAGUGGUGGCAUGUGCGUGUGGCAGUGGUGGCAUGUGCGUGUGGCAGUGGUGGCAUGUGCGUGUGGCAGUGGUGGCAUGUGCGUGUGGCAGUGGUGGCAUGUGCGUGUGGCAGUGGUGGCAUGUGCGUGUGGCAGUGGUGGCAUGUGCGUGUGGCAGUGGUGGCAUGUGCGUGUGGCAGUGGUGGCAUGUGCGUGUGGCAGUGGUGGCAUGUGCGUGUGGCAGUGGUGGCAUGUGCGUGUGGCAGUGGUGGCAUGUGCGUGUGGCAGUGGUGGCAUGUGCGUGUGGCAGUGGUGGCAUGUGCGUGUGGCAGUGGUGGCAUGUGCGUGUGGCAGUGGUGGCAUGUGCGUGUGGCAGUGGUGGCAUGUGCGUGUGGCAGUGGUGGCAUGUGCGUGUGGCAGUGGUGGCAUGUGCGUGUGGCAGUGGUGGCAUGUGCGUGUGGCAGUGGUGGCAUGUGCGUGUGGCAGUGGUGGCAUGUGCGUGUGGCAGUGGUGGCAUGUGCGUGUGGCAGUGGUGGCAUGUGCGUGUGGCAGUGGUGGCAUGUGCGUGUGGCAGUGGUGGCAUGUGCGUGUGGCAGUGGUGGCAUGUGCGUGUGGCAGUGGUGGCAUGUGCGUGUGGCAGUGGUGGCAUGUGCGUGUGGCAGUGGUGGCAUGUGCGUGUGGCAGUGGUGGCAUGUGCGUGUGGCAGUGGUGGCAUGUGCGUGUGGCAGUGGUGGCAUGUGCGUGUGGCAGUGGUGGCAUGUGCGUGUGGCAGUGGUGGCAUGUGCGUGUGGCAGUGGUGCAUGUGCGUGUGGGCAGUGGUGGCAUGUGCGUGUGGCAGUGGUGGCAUGUGCGUGUGGCAGUGGUGCAUGUGCGUGUGGCAGUGGUGGCAUGUGCGUGUGGCAGUGGUGGCAUGUGCGUGUGGCAGUGGUGGCAUGUGCGUGUGGCAGUGGUGGCAUGUGCGUGUGGCAGUGGUGGCAUGUGCGUGUGGCAGUGGUGGCAUGUGCGUGUGGCAGUGGUGGCAUGUGCGUGUGGCAGUGUUGGCAUGUGCGUGUGGCAGUGGUGGCAUGUGCGUGUGGGCAGUGGUGGCAUGUGCGUGUGGCAGUGGUGGCAUGUGCGUGUGGCAGUGGUGGCAUGUGCGUGUGGCAGUGGUGGCAUGUGCGUGUGGCAGUGGUGGCAUGUGCGUGUGGCAGUGGUGGCAUGUGCGUGUGGCAGUGGUGCAUGUGCGUGUGGCAGUGGUGGCAUGUGCGUGUGGCAGUGGUGGCAUGUGCGUGUGGCAGUGGUGCAUGUGCGUGUGGCAGUGGUGGCAUGUGCGUGUGGCAGUGGUGGCAUGUGCGUGUGGCAGUGGUGGCAUGUGCGUGUGGCAGUGGUGGCAUGUGCGUGUGGCAGUGGUGGCAUGUGCGUGUGGCAGUGGUGGCAUGUGCGUGUGGCAGUGGUGGCAUGACAGGCAUGCAUGCAGCACGUGCUCUGCACACUGCACUCCGUUUCCUGUCCCCCCCUUCUCCACUUCUCGCCCUCCCAUUCCCCCUCAUUCCUCUCUCGCCCCAUACCCCAUGCCCCGUGCCCGUUGCCCUCGUACCUCGUUAUGGCAGCGCGGGCGCGAGUGGAGACAGAGCAGAGGGCGGGCAAGGCGUGGGCGCGCAUGUGGACUCCUUCCAGCGCCUGCUGCUCUACCUGCGUCCCCUCGCCUCCCUCUUCUCGCUGCCCCUCUCCGCCCUCCUCUCCCCCAACGCCACCCACCCACUCGCACCUCGCCUGCAGUCCCUCAUUGACGCCACGUCAGCACGCCUACAAGCCGCCUCUGCCAGCCUGGCGGCGGCCCAGUCAGCGCUGGAGUUGUCUGAGCGGCAGCUGUGGGUGCGGUGUGGCGUGCAGGCAGGGGGCACGGCGUGGGAGGAGCGGCACGACGGCGAGCUGCAGCGGUACAGAGCGGUGGCGGGGGCAGCGUUUGACAAGUGGUGCGUGGCGUGGGAAGAGGCUCGCCCCUCUCACCGCCUCACUGCUGCCCUCACUGCCCCGCCUCACCUCUGGUGGCGCCGCGGCUUGUGGGAAGGCGAGCGAGGAGCAGCUGGGGCGGAGGGUGGUGCUGCAAGCGAGAGAGGAGGGGGGGUGAAUGCAGGCAGUGCAGCAGGCGAGGGGGAAAGGGAUGCGCCCGAGAUCUCCUUUCUGCUACUGGCAGGUCCAGGAGCAGCCCAGCCUGCAUCAGCAGAGCCAGUGGCGCCAGAGCAGGUGGUGCAGCGCCUUCAUGCCUGCGCCUCCACACUGCCUCGCAUGCGCCCAGCAGCAGCAGCAGCAACAACAUCGCCCAACCCCACCCCUGAUGCUGAAACUUCUCCUUCCACUCCUCGCAUGGGCCCUCCCCUGGCGGAGCUGCUGCUGCUGCUGUCACCCGACAGCACCCACGCAGGGCAGCAGGGCGACGAGCAGGGCGAGGGGCAGCCAAGCGACGAACAAUCGGGCGAGGGGCAGCAGGCAGGUGGGGUGGAGGCGUGGCAAGAGGCGGGUCGCAGCGUUGACCCGCAGCACAUGCUCGUACUGCCGCUCGUGGCGCCGCAUGCUCAUGGUGCUGCCGUGCAGGUGAGCGGCGCAGAGGGUGGUGGCGGCGAGGCGGCGGAGGGCGGUGCGCGUGCAGCGGGGAUGGUGCCGAUGUCGGAGUGGGAGGGUUUUGACCUGCUGGCCCGCGCUGCCACUGGGCGCCUGCUGCUCCUGCUGACGUGGCGGGACCUGCCAGCUGUGAUGCAUGGGGAGGGCGAGGAGGGGUGCAAGUGGCUGGAGCAGCUGACUGCAGGGAUGGCCGAGGAUGGGCGCAUGGGGGUGGUGGGCGUGCGGACAAGCAGAGUGGAGUGGGGCGUGGGGAAGGCAGAGGAGGGGAAGGGCAAGCAAGGAGAGUGGGAGAGAGGGGUGGGUGGUGGAGCAGUGCUGGCAGCAAUGGCGCAGUGGGCUGCGGUGGGCAUGGAGAGGGAGGGGGGGGGGUGUGAGUGA